AUGUUCUGCGCCAGAAACAGCCAAUUGACACAACAGGACUCUCAUGCAACUCAAUACACCAAUUAUAUUCAAGAUGUCUUCCUUGGAUCUGACUUUCUUGCAAGAUAUGUAGUAAAAGAUAUACAUACAAAUAAACACUAUUGGAAUACUGGAAUUGCUCAUAGCACAGCAGAUGUGAUUGUUUUUAAACCUAAAGCACUUCAUGAACAAGAUGUAGUAAAAUUAUUCUUUGAGUUAAAGAAGGAAGUCACAGCUAGUGAUGAGAAUCAGGCUAUUGGUGAAUUAUUUGCUGCAAAAUGCAAGUUCUUCAGAAAAACCAGUACAGCAGCUUUUGCACAUGCUCUAUUGAAACCUGACCAAUUAACAAAUAAUCAUGACCAAAUAAGAAUCCAAAAUUAUUUCCCUUUUUUUGAGAAAAGAGCACGAAUUAAAGAUCCAAGGACUGAAGAUAGUUAUGAUGAAGAUAUUGCCAACUUGGAUGAUUUUGAAGAUGAGAUGACACCAGAAGAGCAUAUUUCACAUGAAAUGACUAAGAAGUUAAGGAAAAUGUUACCACUUGUACCCAAAAGAUUUCGUGAAGUACGUUCUACUACUUCAAACACUAAUACUAUGACUUCAACAUGGGUAAAUAGUGGUGACAUUCUAAUCGACACAACAACUAGUCAAAUCAAAGGGGAAUCACUGUCAUUUAAAGGAUCUAAAGAUUUUAAUACAACUUUAUCAGCUUCACUUGAUCAAACUCGUGCUGUUGCCAUUGUUGUUGAAAGUUUGAAUCUAUCAGAUAAUAUUGAGAUUACAAAAGAAUUAAAAAUUUAG